AUGAAUCUAUAUGAACAAUCGUGGAUGACUCCACCAAGUUCUACUGAAAAUAAAAACACAUCCUAUUUUAUGGAAUAUGUUAAAACUCAACCUGAAAGCUCAGUUCCAUUACCACAUGAAGAUUUCACUCCAUAUCAACAGAAUUAUGAUCAAGUUGAUGAUUUUUUAACUCAAACUUUGUCAUCUUUACAAGAAUUAGAUAUACCUGUUGGUGAAUCAUCUUCUAAUGCUUUUGCUCAAAAUAGUAAUGGUUCUAGUGCUCAUCCUGGUGCUCUGAGAGGUCAUAAAAAACAACCAAGUGGUACAGCUAUUUUUGGUUUUGCUAGUCAUAACAGAACUCUAUCAAUCCCUGGCGUCCCACAAGGUAUUAAGCAUGUUGGUGUUAAAUCAAAUGAACAUUUGAGUAUUGCACCAAAUCAAGUAUACUCUCAUUCACAACAACCUCCACCUCCACCUCAACAACAACAACCUAUCUUGUAUCAAAAACCACAAGAUAUGGAAGCUGCUAACCAAAUUGUUAAUAACAAUCGUCAACUUUAUCAACAAUUUCAACCUAUUCCAAUACCAGCUCCUCAACAAUACCAUUUCCCACCUCAACCAAAGAAAAAUGAUGACUUUGUAAUAACGAAUAAGGCACCAACACAUUAUAAGUUCCCACCUGAACCACCAGUUCCUGCUCCAUCUCAAUCUCAACAAGGUGGUCCAAGAACAGUUGCAGUCCCAGUUGAAUAUUUACAAAGAAUCACAAAUUAUAUCAAGAGUCGUGAAGAUAUUGAUAUGAACAAAUUUUUGGAUUAUGGUUAUAAUGAUUAUCCAAAUGCUUCAAAUCCUGAAGUUAUGAGAAAGUCAAUGUCUCCAAAUCCACCAGUUGAUAUAUCGCCUGUUUUGAAACAGAUGGAAGCUCAACAGCAACAACAACAACAGCAACCUUCUUCAGAUUCAACUGAAGUUAACACUCCAGUUCAUACACCUGAAGAACAACAAAUGCCACAAUCUGAACCACAUUCAUUCCAACCAAAGCCUUUUACAAAUUUACCACAACAACAAGAUCCAAUUGGAUUAGGUAUACGAUUUGAAAACAAUGUUAAAAGAGAUUUUGAAUCACCAGAAUCUGAAUUUUCAGAAGUUCCAAAAACUCCUUCACCAAUUCUAAGAUCUCAAGCCAAAUUUUCAAGUGAACAAAAGCCUAAAAAUGAAUUGAACUGGACACCAGUAAUAGUUGGUGAUAAAUCAUUACCAAUGUUGAAAAGAAAGCCUCAAGAUAAAGCCUCAACUUUACCACCUGGUGAAAUUGAUCAAUAUGUUAUUGGUCCAAGAGAAGAUAAGACAUAUAUCUGUAAUUUCAAAGACUGUGGUAAAAUGUUCACAAGAAGAUAUAAUGUUAGAUCUCAUGUUCAAACUCAUUUAAGUGACAGACCAUUCAUUUGUGAUGUGGAAGGUUGUAAAAAAGCUUUUGUUAGACAACAUGAUUUAACAAGACACAAGAAAAUUCAUGAAGAAUUUGAAUUUAAAUGUCCUUGUGGUAAAAAAUUCUCAAGACAUGAUGCUCUAUACCGUCAUAGAAUAAGAAUGAUUUGUGUUGGUGGUAUUAAAGAAUCAGAAGAAGAACAGAAAUUGUCAACAAAUAAUCCAUCAUCCUCAACUUCAUCAGUAUCAAAGACUGCUCCAAAUAGUAGUAUAAAGAAAUCCAAAAAGAAGGUUAAUAAACCAAUAAGGAUUGAAAAUGAUCAAGUUGCUAAAAGGCUAGAGUUUGAUUUAUUGAAAACCCAAAAUAAUAAGAUAAAUAAAUCAUCAUCAUCAUCACCAAGAAACACAGAUGAAUCUGAUAAUGUUUUUUUCAAACAAGAAUCAAUGGACCAGAUGAAUAGAAAGCCAGUAUCACUGGAUAUCAAUUCAAAUCAAACUCCUAUAGGAGAUUCACCUGGUAAUUCUGAAAAUAUGUUUUUGAAUGAUUUAAAUUUUGGAUUUGAUAAUCAUUCUUAUGAAGAUUACAAAUUUUGA